UGUUUGUCAUUCGGACUGAUUGAACAAUAUUUAAGCACCCAUCCCUGGUCUCUUUUCUCAGAAAAAAAGAAGAUGCUUAAAAUCCUCUUUUCAGCUUCUAGCUUCUAGCAAAAAGGUAUUUUAAGCGUCUACUGUAUUUAAAUGAUUCGUAUCGUCUUCUUAAAAAUGCGACAUAAGGUUGUUCGACUCCAGAAAUACUCAGGAUACUUCUCCACUGACGUAAACUGAUAACGGUUUUCAGGAAAGCGUCUUUUUCUUUCCACGGGAGGGCAGCAGUGAUGUGUAACGCUAAUCAUUGGAACUGGUCUAGGCACAAUGGCACCAACAUUCAAUAAUGAUUGGUUUAUUUCAAAUAUAUAAGUUUGUAGAGCAUAGGCUAAUAGAUAAACAUAAAUUGGAAACUUGGUAAAUCGGCCAUUGUUUACUUGGCGUGCCAUUUCAUUAACUUACAUUGAUUCCAAUAAAUUGUGUAAGUCAGCAUAACACACUUACGCACAAAUCACCUACUAAACGUCCGUUUUAGAAUAGUUCACAGAGCGAAGACCUUUCACUGGCCGUUUUAAUAUUUCAUCCAUUUUAUUUUUGCUUCUUAGCCUAUAUCCAAUGUUUGAUUUGUUGAUAGCCUAAUACCAGUUUAAUCUUUAACAGAAUACAGCAAUAAAACAUACAAUAUUGCUGUAUUGUAUAUUUAUAACGAGUUCUGAGAUUGACACCAAGUCUCAUAAGCCUUCCUGUCUAAAACACGCACACACACACACACACACACACACACGCAUAUACUCACUCACACACAAAAGCAUUGCCUUCUCUCACACACGCGCGCGUUCUUACUAGAACAUGCUGACCACCUCUAAAUAACAAUACAUUGUCUCGCACACUGGUACGGUAUACACCUCUACCUCCUCAAUGCUUUUUCUUGCCCACUACCCAAACCCUCUCUGUCUCCCCCUCCCUCCCUUCCUCCCUCCCUUCAUUUUUAUGCGCGCUGAACUGUGUGCACGGGCUGAGCCUGGAACGGCAACAAUACAGACAGGAGAUAUAAGUCAUUUUUUGGCAAUGACUAAGUGUCGCUGCGUAGACCUGCAUCUUGGAGUAUAACCUGGCCGUGCUUGUUGGUAUCUAGACAAAGUUUUAUUUUUAAGGUUUUUGAUGCUUCCAACAGAAAUCUCCGGAGGAGUGUGUUUCACCUCAAGCGAGCACUCCGAGGGAAGGAGGGACACAAUGAAAACCGAGGAGAGCCAAUCAUGUCGUCAGCAGGGACCCUCUGCCAUCCCUUUCGAACAUGUAGGAGGGGGAGAGGUGUGUGCAGGCUGCGAGUCGGCCAUUGCGGACCGCUUCCUCCUGCGGGUGAACGAGCGUUCCUGGCACGAGACGUGCGUCAAGUGUGCCGUGUGCCUGACCACGCUCACCGGCACCUGCUACUGCCGGGACCGCCUCCUCUACUGCAAGCACGACUACGAGAAGUUGUUUGUGCGGAAGUGCAGCGCGUGCCUGCAGGCCAUCGGGCGCUCGGAGCUGAUCAUGCGCGUGCUGGGUCAGGUGUACCACCUGGGCUGCUUCAGCUGCUGUGAGUGUGAGCGCAGGCUGCAGCGCGGGGACGAGUUCGUGCUCAAGGAGGGACAACUGCUCUGCCGCGUCGACUACGAGAAGGAGAGGGAGAUGCUGGCCGCCAUCAGCCCAGCCCCCACCGAGUCUGUGAAGAGUGAGGAUGAGGAUGGAGGAGGUAGCUCGCUGGCAGGGAAGGGAGGCGAUGAAGGCAAGGAUCACAAGCGGUCGAAGCGACCACGCACCAUACUGACCACACAGCAACGCCGCGCUUUCAAGGCCUCCUUCGAGGUGUCCUCCAAACCCUGCCGAAAGGUGAGGGAGUCACUGGCUGCUGAGACUGGCCUGACCGUCCGAGUGGUACAGGUGUGGUUCCAGAACCAGAGAGCAAAGAUGAAGAAGAUUGCCCGUCGGCAGCAGCAACAGCAGCAGCAGCAGCAGCAGGAGCAGGAGCAGCUGAGGGGGAGCAGGAGAGGGCCGAGCCGAGGAGGCCAACAGAGCAACGAUGACAGCGAGGAUGGUUCCAGUGGUCAUGGUUUGGACGGACUGCUUGCGUACCCCUCAAUGCAUCGGCAGCAGCUCUUAGCACUGGAUCCAAACAUCUACGUGAGUGAGCAGUUCCGCCACGGGCUCACUCCGCCUCAGCUGGGCCCAGAACAGAUGCACUCUUAUGACUCAGAAACAGUGUUUCAUGACCUGGACAGCGACGGAAGCCUCAGCCAGCUCGGUGACUGUCUCCUAGCGACGGCGGAGGGGGGCCUUUUGGCAGGCCGUGUGGGAAACCCAAUAGAUCGCCUCUACUCCAUGCAGAACUCCUACUUCACCUCAUGACCCACCCUACCCCCCCACCCCUACGCAGACCUUGACCCCACACAGACACCACCACCAUUGAGUGUGGGACAGCUGAUGAGAGGCCAUUGGUCCAUUGCUCAUGAAUGAAGCCCAUAGGAUUGCAUUGCCACAAGACUGAGCUUUACUCAAUGCCGGGACAUAAAUCAUAUAUGGAGGUAUUAAAAGGUCAUUUGGUAUUCUACUGAGAAUAACACUGAUGAGAUGAGGUUUUCCUAGGAGACAUUAUGUAGUUGUUUUGGUUGUCUAGUGCUUGUACAUUUCAAGAAAAUAUCAAGCACUAAUCAACAGUGGUUAAGAACAAUAUAGUCUUCUGGCAAUGAAAAGCACUUUGUGAGGAUGUAUGUUCAAUACACAAAAAUUAAGCCAGAUAUACAUAAUUACACAAAAAAUGUUGACCUUGCCAA